CAGAAAAAAGGGUACGGUUGGGGUCCAUUUGUGCCACUUAGGGUACAAAUGGCGAAGUUGUACCCUCAGUGGGUCAUAGUUGCACCUUAGGGUACUAAAAUGUACCAUUUAGGAAUAAAAAGGGUACAAAAAGGUUUCCAACAGUCAGAGGGUCCAUAUUUGGACCAUAUAAUCUCCAAACAAAGGUACAAUUACUUGUGUAAGCAGUUUCUUAAUAUUAUUGUCUCUGGGUCACAAAACUUAGUUUUAACAAUAUUUCAGGCGAUAAUACAUAUGUAUAAUCUUUACAUCUGCACUCAUUUAGUGAAGAUAGCGCUUUUAAAAAAAAGUGCUUAGACAAAUUCGGAAAUACCAGCGGGCGGCAGUGCUCGUUCACCUGUUGAGCACAGCCUGAUCUUGGCCACUCCUUGUUUGCUGCUGGCCUUGAUUUAUCUGUGUCUGGCGGUCAAAAAUUAAAUUUUAUUUGUUUUGGAUAUCUCUAACCCACAGUCUUGUCUCAUGAAUCUAUUAUUUGUUUAUUUUAUACAUAUUAAGUCUCGUAUAAUUGUUGUUAUUAUUAUUUUUUGGGCAGACGUAAAAUGUAUAAUUUUUUUUAUUUUAUUUUUUUACUGGAAUUUGUUUUUGUCUGUACUUACUGUUACACGAAACAGAAUAAUGAAGUGGUUUUAAUAUUGCACUUUAACCAGUUUAAAAAUAAAAAUACGUUACUCAACGUGUUGGGGUUUAAACCGGUUUUACUUUAUAUAUUUUUUUUAAUUUAAAUUUGGACAAAAACUUACGUUUCUUUCAUUCCAAAAGCAAAAUGUGAAACAUUGCUUAUAUUAAAUUGGGUACUGUCAGUCAGUCUUCGAAUUUGUGUUGUCCAAUGGGGUUGAAGUUGAACACCGCGAGGCGCCGUGAUUAUACACGCAAACAAAUUUGGGACGACGGUUACUCGACAUAAUGGCGGUCUCACUUCAGGCACUAUCCACGGAGGAUAUUCUUCAAAAAUAAGAAGCUGGAAAACAGGUCACAGAAGAUGAAGCACAGAAAUUCAGAGAGAAUGAGGUUGAUGGUGAAACAAUAGAUUGUGGCCUUACAGAGAACAUGGUUUCAUACUUAUUUGAAGGCUUCUUUAAAAAAAAGUUUCUACGUGAGAUGAAGGAGGUGGUGACAAUAACUUUAGAACCAGUGCCGGCAGAGAACUAUCAAGAUACUUCAUCUACUGAAAUUUGUGUGAUGAAGUUGACGAAUGCAUUAAUCAACUGUCAGCUUAAGCCAGCGCUUCAGGGAGGGCUUUACCAGUCUUGUGCCAAAUGUGCUUCACCUUGUGCAAAAAAUGCUCCACUUCCCAAAAUCUACAAAGCAAGAGUUGAGAUGCUUGCAGAAGAUCUACCAGAUGCUGACUUUCGUGCGACUCUCACAUCCUUAAAGAGAAAGCAGAGAGAUUCUUCACACUGGGAGAGUGUGAUGCUGAUACUCCAUACCCAACUAUACAGUUGGUUGAAACUGACUGGAAAACGGCUUUCUCCAAGAGGGUUCAAGUUCUUGUCAAAGUGGAUCGGGUGGAGGUGUGUCAGGGAAUGGGAGUUGAAGAAGGGAUACAGUAAUUGCAGCCUUCAGUGCUUACUAUGUUUUCAACUUGGCUUAUCCACCCUGCAUGAAGAAUACACUGACCUUCUUGCAGCAUGCCAUAGCCAAGAUCAUUAAGGUGGGUGGCAAGCCCCUUCCAACAACUGUCACCCGAAUGAUCAGUAUCCUGUGCUGAACAUGCCACAACUUUAUUGAUGCACAAGGUGCAGAAGAAAAAUCUUCACCUUAAUGAAACUAAUUCAACAUGUUAGUAUGGUUCACAACCACGAACCAAAUUUCAAUAUCAUGUGUGGACUAAAUAGCUAUAAGUCAUCUUUUACUGUAUACGAGUCUUUCAGACGUCAUGUCUAUCAUAAACACAGGAAACUUGAAAGUGAAGGGUUCAAGGUAAUAGUAGAUGGUAUUAAACAGACUAUUCACGGCGUAUAAUUACCAGUGGUGUAUGAUUCACACUUUCAUGCAUACACAAUCAAGUUGACCCUGAGUGGAGUUUUAUAAAACCAGGGCAAGAGAUGGACUUUCAGGCCCUUGACACAUACUCUCUUGAUGAUAAAAUGUUUGUGAUCCUCAAGAAUAUUUAAAAAGUUCAAAUUAAUUGUGUAGUACAUGUGCAGUUGUGUGAAAUGUGUGGUGGUGAUAAAAUGUUUUUAAAAAAAUGUAAGAGUAUAAAGUUAAUGAAUUGUGUACUGUUGUGGAAAAAAACAACUGCUUUGGGAUUUUAAGAAAAGAAAAUUUGAGACUUAGUACUGUUUUGAAGUACUGUUUACUUUAAUGUUAUGCUUUAUAUUAAAAAAGAAAUGACAUGUUGUACUUUUGAAAAAAAAAGCUUUACAUGUGAUGCUUGCUGUUUAAAACUGUAUAUUUAAAAGUGUAUUAACUUUUGAUCCUGCUAUGAGACAUUUGUAAUACAGUGCUUAAUGUUCAUAUGAAAAAAUGUGAGUUUUUUUUUUAAUAUUUAAUAAAUGUAAUGGAACAGCA